GCUUACGCUAAUUUAUUCCGCAGCAAUCAAGAACAAACGAAGCUACAAGUGGGAAAUAACCAUGGCCAUCACAGCCGACGUGCUCAUCAUCGGCGGCGGUCCCGCCGGCCUCGCCACGGCCCUGGCGCUAUCCCGCAAGUUACAUUCGGUACUCCUCUUCGACAGCCAGGAGUACCGCAACCGCCAGACAUCCCAUAUGCAUAAUGUCCUCGGAUUUGAUCAUGUGGAACCUGCCCGUUUCCGCGCUGCCAUCUACGACACCCUCCUGCAUAGAUACACUACCAAUACCAUCAUCGACAAGAAGAUUAUCCAAGCGCGCAAACUACCCCACGACGGUAUAGGGACCGGCUUCGAGGUCACCGAUGAAGAUGGAAUUUCAUACCUGGGUUCAAAGCUUGUUCUCGCUACGGGAGUACGCGACACCAUGCCCCCCAUUGACGGGUACGCCGAGAACUGGGGCCGGCUCAUAUUCCACUGCCUCUUCUGCCAUGGGUUUGAGGAGCGUGGCGCAGCAAAUGCAGGUCUACUGGUAGCAGAGAGUUCACAACUACAGGCGAAUCCCUCUGUGGGUCUGAUUCUCGGACAGAUGGUUCGUCGCUUCGCCGAAAAAGUAACCUUAUUCACCAACGGCAAUGAAGAUACUACGGUCGCCGUGAAAGAAGCCGGUGCGGAAGCGCAAGGGUUCAUUAUUGAAUCUCGCCCAAUUCUUUCGUUAGAACGAAUUGCUUCGGCUGAUGAGGGUUCGCGAGAUACCCUGCGGGUCUGGCUGGGACAACCAGACAGAGGGGAAUCUCCUAGCAGCUAUAUGGAUGUGGGUUUUCUCACGCAUAUGCCGGAUACAGUCGUUACAAAUGACUGGAGCAGCCAGCUGGGGCUGGAGCUGGAUGGAAAUGGGAUUUACAAGCAGAAGGAUGUCACGAUGGAGACCACGGUGCCAGGGGUUUUUGUGGCUGGUGAUCAUGCCUCCGUAGCGAAGGACGUUCCCAAUGCUGCGAGCAAUGCCACUUUUGUGGCUUCGGCAGUUGCAGUGCAGUUGACGGUCGAGCAUUCCCAGGGACAGCAGUAGAGUAGUCAGGGGUAAUGUAGAGUAGUAGCAUUGCGGUGGUGCAGGAUGUGUGGUGAUUAGGAAAUUUGCGAAGUGCUUAUGUACGGAGUAGCAUGCAUUAUUGGAAC